UUCAACGGGGAUCCCACAAUCGAUAUGAUGCUCCUUACCACUUCUGUUGGAGGUCUUGGUUUGAAUUUGAUCGGCGCCGAUACUGUUAUUUUUGUUCAGCUUGAUUGGAAUCCUACUCGCGAUCUUCAGGUAUUCGGCUGA